AAUAAAAUUUCUUGCUGAGAUCGGAGGUGUGUUUUUCUUCGAGAGUCAGGGUUUAGUCCGUGAAAAUGUCUGGCCGAGGAAAGGGAGGGAAAGGCUUGGGCAAGGGAGGAGCGAAGAGGCAUCGGAAGGUGCUGAGGGAUAACAUCCAAGGAAUCACGAAGCCGGCGAUUCGGAGAUUAGCUCGAAGAGGUGGAGUGAAGAGAAUUAGCGGUCUGAUUUACGAAGAGACGAGGGGAGUUCUGAAGAUUUUCCUUGAGAAUGUGAUCCGCGACGCUGUUACCUACACGGAGCAUGCCAGAAGGAAGACGGUUACCGCCAUGGAUGUGGUGUAUGCUUUGAAGCGACAGGGCAGGACUCUCUAUGGAUUUGGUGGUUAGGAUUUGAGAUUCAUUCCUUUAUAUUUUACUGUUAUAAGAAUGAUUUUGUAACCUUUUUAUAUCAAACGAAGAUAUCUACUUCCAAUUUCUUGAAGAAUCUUGUGUUUGGUAGUUUAUAAUCUCUUAGAUUAAUAAUUGUUUGUGACAUAAUCCGUUUCUGCUAUCUAUGAUCCAGUGAUUGAAAUUUUUAGUUUCUGUAUAAUAUUGGUUAAAGCUUUGUAUCUGAGAAAAUUGCUCGAUAUUUGGUUUUUUUGUACCAUGGAGUAUGAGCUGAAAAUGUUUUUUUAG